CAAUUAUUAUUAUUAUUAUUAUUAUUAUUAUUAUUAUUAUUAUUGACCCUGCAAAAUGCAAGUAUUAUUAUUAUUAUUAUUAUUGUCAAUUGACUCUGCAAAAUGCAAGGGAAUCCUCCAAGAGGCACCCAAAACCAGGACAACUCGUGCUUGGCUAAGGCUGCGUGCGGGCGCUCUGCCCAUGCUCAGGAACCCUUCAUUAUUAUUAUUAUUAUAUUUUUGUCCAUUGACUUGUGCUUGGCUGAAAACCCAUUCAGUGCAUGCAAGGCACUCUGCACAUGCUCAGGGACCCUUUUUUAAUUAUUAUUAUUAUUAUUAUUAUUAUUAUAUUUUUGUCCAAUGACCCUGCAAAAUGCAAGUAUUAUUAUUAUUAUUAUUAUUAUUAUUAACCCUGCAAAAUGCAAUUAUUAUUAUUAUUAUUAUCAUUGACCCUGCAAAAUGCAAUUAUUAUUAUUAUUAUUAUUAUUAUUAUUAUUAUCAUUGACCCUGCAAAAUGCAAUUAUUAUUAUUAUUAUUAUCCCUGCAAAAUGCAAUUAUUAUUAUUAUUAUUAUCCCUGCAAAAUGCAAUUAUUAUUAUUAUUAUUAUUAUUAUUAUUAUUGACCCUGCAAAAUGAAAGUAUUAUUAUUAUUAUUAUUAUUAUUAUUAUUGUCAAUUGAUUCUGCAAAAUGCAAGGGAAUCCUCCAAGAGGCACCCAAACCCAGGACAACUUGUGCUUGGCUAACGCUGAGUGCGGGCGCUCUUGUUAUAUUAUUAUUAUUAUUAUUAUUAUUUACAUUAUUACAAUUAUUUAUUUUAUAUUAUUAUUAUUAUUAUUUACAUUAUUACUAUUAUUUAUUUUAUAUUAUUAUUAUUAUUAUUUACAUUAUUACUAUUAUUUUUUAUAUUAUUAUUAUUAUUAUUAUUAUUAUUAUAUUUUUGUCCAUUGGUCCUGCAAAAUGCAAGGGAAUCCUCCAAGAGGCACCCAAACCCAGGACAACUCGUGCUUGGCUAAGGCUGCGUGCGGGCGCUCUGCCCAUGCUCAGGAGCCCUGUGCCCGGAGCGGCCCCUCCCCUCCCCUGCCCCGCCCACCGGGGCUCCACUUCCCUUCCUUCCUUUUCUUGGCUGAAGACAACUUGGGCUGCUCUUGGCUCCAACUUCCUCCUCUUUCUUUCUUUCUCUCUUUCUUUCUUCCAACCCGGAGAGAGUGAUGCCGGGGCCCAGGCAGGAGGGCGCCCCGCUCUAGAGCCCAGAGGCGGCACCAGAGAAGCCCUCCAGGCAGAGGUCCGGCGGCAUGAGCUCGGUCUGGAAGCGGCUCCAGCGGGUGGGCAAGCGGGCGGCCAAGUUCCACUUCGUGGCCUGUUACCAGGAGCUGGUCCUCGAGUGCAACAACAAGUGGCAACCGGACAAACUGGUUGUGGUCUGGACCCGACGGAACCGCCGAAUCUGCUCAAAGGCACAUGGCUGGCAACCAGGGAUCAAGAACCCAUACCGGGGGACCGUGGUGUGGAUGGUCCCCGAAAACGUGGACAUCAUGGUGACGCUUUAUCGGGUAUUAAUGCGCAGAUCAAUAGAUGCAGAGUCCCUAUCUCCCAGUCCAGUCCCAUUCUGCUACUUGGGAAGACACCAUCAAAGCCCUCCUGACAGAAGGCCAUCCAGCCUCUGCAUAAAAUCCUCCACAGACAGAGAUUCCAACGGAUUUCUCUUGAGUAUUGUUAUCUCUUGUUUCCAUUUCCUUCAGGACCCUCAUGUCGAGGAGUAUGAAGACAAGGAGUGGACCUUCGUGAUUGAAAAUGAAUCGAAGGGUCAUCGGAAGGUCCUGGCUUCGGCGGACGUGAACCUCAAGCGCUUUGCCAGCCCGACCCCGACGCAGGUGGAGCUGAAGCUGAAGCUGAAACCACGUUCGGUGAAGGUGGUGGCGGCCACGCUCCAGCUCACGCUCUCCUGCGUGUUCCUCCGCGAAGGGAAGGCCACGGAUGAGGAUAUGCAAAGCCUCGCCAGCCUGAUGAGUGUCAAACCCGCGGAUAUCGGCAACCUGGACGACUUCGCGGAUAGCGAGGACGAGGCCGCGACGGCUAGGGACGAAGCUCCGAAACUCGGCCAAGAAGGCCAGGAAAACCCCGCUAAAGGAUUCCUCACAAACGUCUUGCCCGACUGUUUCCCAGACACGUCACGGGAUUUGAACACGCUACCGGAGGAGGAGGAGGAGGAGGGCCCUCCCCACGGCACACGCCAAGCCGGACCCUCAACGUCGGCCUCGUCCGGACACGUCAAGAAGGAGACCCUCAAAGACUUUCGAGAGGACCCCGCGUCAGACUCCAACGUUGCCGCCAGCCAAGCGCCGCAUCUUGCUGAAGCCGUGGUGGCCUCCUCUGCAGUAAGUGGUGUCGAAAGCGGUGGGAGUGUGGGUCACAAAGGGGACGAUGGUCAGUGGCCAGGAAGACGGUCAGCGGGCAUCCUUAAAGGGCCAGGCACCCCUUGGAACCACGCGACGGGCACAUCAUUGGCACAGGCGGGGGACGGAGAGGAGGACGCGGCGCAUGGAAAGCGGCACGGGACGGAAGACCGGACCACCGAUGUCUGGAAACGCCGGGACCCGACCCCGCUGUGCCCCCCGCCGAGGAAGAGGACCGCCCCCAAAGAAGCCCCCCAAGAGACGUCCCCGAUGCCGCCGUCCGCACCCGGACCCCCCUCUGUGCCCAAGCGCCGGUUGGAGAAGACCCCGAAGCCCUUGGAGAGCCAGAACGUUGUGCCCGUUGCCCCAAGUUGUCCGGGAAAGGACCACGAGGGGGUCCAAAGCCCCCCAGAAGAGGUCCCCUCUCCACCCAAACUCCAGAGCCCCAUCGUGAUGUAUUUCAUGGAGGACGCGAGCCUGGCCGAACAUGACCCUGUGGUCAUCCGUCCUGCGGAGUCUUCCUCCUCGGACGCAGCUUUCUUGGCUUUGUCUCCGGUGGUGAAGCCCAUUGGUUUCCACCACGAAGCAGCAUUAGAUGUUGCUCCUCCCUGGAUGCACGGUCCUUCCCACGUCACGGUUGGGGAUGGUGGUUCAAGGCCUUCUGGAGUGGGAUUGCUUCCCGUAGUUGACCCGUCAACGAGUGGGAUGGAUGAGGAGGGGAAGCACCAAGUUGGGUCAGAUAGGGAACAGGUUGAGGUUGAAGCCAGGCAGGAGACUCAUGGAGAUACUUCUACGCAGGAGGGCUCUUCCUCAACGGUGAACCAAAAUAUGGAGAAACAUCAAGUAUGUGAGAUCCUGGAAAGCCCCGUCCCACCAACAAAUCUCUCAGUGGAGAGCUAUCAAGUAUCGGAGAUCUCAGAAGGUCCUGUCCCGCUGACAGAUCUCUCCAUGGAGAUCUCAGAGGGUUCCGUCCCAUCAACAGAUCUCUCCAAGAAGAUCUCGGAAGGUCCUGUUCCACCAACAUAUCUCUCCAUGGAGAUCUCAGAAGGUCCUGUCCCAUCAACACAUCUCUCCAUGAAGAUCUCAGAGGGUUCUGUCCCACCAACAGAUCUCUCCAUGAAGAUCUCGGAAGGUCCCAUCCCACCAACAGAUCUCUCCAUGAAGAUCUCAGAGGGUCCCGUCCCACCAACAGAUCUAUCCAUGAAGAUCUUGGAAGGUCCCGUCCCACCAACAGAUCUCUCCAUGAAGAUCUCAGAAGGUCCCAUCCCACCAACAGAUCUUUCCAUGAAGAUCUCGGAAGGUCCCGUCCCACCAACAGAUCUUUCCAUGAAGAUCUCAGAAGGUACUGUUCCUCCAACAGAUCUCUCCAUAAAGAUCUCGGAAGGUACUGUCCCACCAACAGAUCUCUCCGUAAAGAUCUCAGAAGGUCCCGUCCCACCAACAGAUCUUUCCAUGAAGAUCUCAGAAGGUCCCGUCCCACCAACAGAUCUUUCCAUGAAGAUCUCAGAAGGUACUGCCCCACCAACAGAGCUCUCCAUGAAGAUCUCGGAAGGUCCUGUCCCACCAACCGAUCUCUCCAUGAAGAUCUCAGAAGGUCCUGUCCCACCAACAGAUCUUUCCAUGAAGAUCUCAGAAGGUCCCGUCCCACCAACAGAUUUAUCCAAGAUCUCAGAAGGUCCCGUCCCACCAACAGAUCUCUCCAUGGAGAUCUCAGAAGGUCCCGUCCCACCAACAGAUCUCUCCAUGGAAGUCCCAGGCUUCUGGCGAGAACAAGGGCUGGUCGAGAAGGACCUGGCAGACAAGGACAACCUCCUCAUUUUGGAAGAACCGCUUCCUUCUUCAUCCCACGUGGAAGAUACGGCAGAAGAGACGCCAUCUUUGCUGUUCGAUGUCCGGUCGCUCCUAGAAAAGGCGGAUGACCCAACUAUUGCUGAAGGACACGUCCCAAGUCUUUUAGAAGAACAAGUGCAGAUCGAGAAGGACCCACAAGACAGGGAGAACCUUCUGGUUCUGAAAGAGCCUCGUACGGAAGAUGUGGCAGAAGAGACGCCAUCCCUACUCUUUGAUGUCCCGUCUUUCCUAGAAAAGUCGGAUGGCCCAACUGUUGCUGAGGGCAACGUCCCAAGUCUUUCCGAUUUGGAACGAGGAAAAACAAGCCAAGGAGGGGAUGAAGGUGAAGGUCCCAGAAGUGGCACAGAGGAGGACGUGGGAGGAGAACCUUCCGUACUGGAGGACGGGGACAAGAAGGACUAUCAUGACGGCGUUUUGGAGACCGCGGGAGGAGGAGAUCCAGACAAUGAAGCUUUGGGGCAACCAUUAGUAGACACGGUCCAAGAGGGUCCAGAAAUCCCUCGUUGGUCUGUCCGCGAUGGUGGAAAAACCAGAAAGGGAUCUAACCUACCUUCGGGAAACGAGGAGACCUCAACAGCCUUGUCUCCCUGCUCGCCAAAUCCAACUCCUUGUACCCCAGAAGCUCCAGACCUGAACCCCACGCCCCAAGCGAAACCCAAGGUUGCCCCGCCCACCAGUCCGUCACUGGUGAGUUGCAGCCAGUCCUUGCUGGAAUGGUGCCAGGAGGUGACCGCCAACCACCGCGGCGUCCGCGUCACCAACUUCACCACGUCGUGGCGCAACGGCUUGGCCUUCUGCGCCAUCCUCCAUCACUUCCACCCGGACAAGAUCGAUUACGAAGCUCUGGAUCCUCUCGAUAUCAAGCAGAACAACAAACUGGCCUUUGAUGGUUUCGCCUCGCUGGGAAUCUCUCGACUGGUGGAUCCGGCCGACAUGGUUUUCCUGACGGUGCCCGACCGGUUGAUCGUCUUGACCUAUCUCUGCCAAAUCCGGGCGCAUUUCACGGGGCAGGAGCUGAACGUGGUGCAGCUGGCCACCCACGCGAGCCAGACCACGUACAAAGUGGGCAAAUUCGACACGGACUCCACCGCCGCCUUGGACCCGUCCGUCUUCUACUCCCAGCAUCUCCAGACGCAACGAGUCGAGGACUUGACGGGUGUCGAGGCCUCGAGCGGCGAAGACGUUGCAAAGAGUAGUCGUCCGGAUCGAGGUGCAAACACUCCGGACGAACCCGUUGCCGAGGUUGGGAAGGAUGUCGAUGUAGAAAAGGUUUCCGAGACGGUUGACGGGGCGGAAAAUAGAGUUGUCAACGGUGGUGGAAAAGCGUUGACUGGGAGUUCCUCAAAGGCCACUAUCAACGGAGCAGAAGUGGAUACUGGGAUCUCAGGACAUUCUGGGCCACUUGUGGCGAACGGAGACGGUCAAAACACCGAGAUGAAAGGAGAGAUUUCUGACUCCAGAUUCGGGUCACAGCCAGAGGGAAACAGCAGCAAGGAAUCGGGCAACGAAGGCAAUAUCGAGAAGCUGGUUCCUCCGCCGAGGUUGAAACGCAUGUCGUCCCGGGGCAGCGUCGAACGGCCCUUGCAGCGGACCCUCUCCGCCGGGAGCCCGGGCCCGGUGGCACCACCACGUCCACACGCCGCCAAGUCCACCUUCGCCCACGUCCGCGACGCCGAUCUGGUGAAGAAGCGGCGCUCGCGGCUCAAGAGCGACUCCUUGUCGAUGGACGAGGCGGACGAGGAUCCGACUCAAAGGGACAGUUGUGGCGAGGAGGGAUUGAGACCCCGACCCGUCGCCCCAAAGGCGGAGCAGCCAGUGCCAGCGUCUCCAACGGCUGCCUCUCCGGAUCCGCCGCCGGACCCCAACCUCAAGAACAACACCAACGAAGAAGAGAUUCCAAAAUUCCAAGACACCAGCCAAUACGUCCUGGCUGAACUUCGGGCUUUGGAGAACGAACAGAGGCAGAUUGACGGCCGGGCCGCAGUCGUGGAGAAGGACCUGCGGAGGCUGAUGGAGUCGGGUGCGGACAAGCUGAAAGAAGAAGAGUUGAUCCAGGAAUGGUUUACUUUGGUGAACAAGAAGAACGCCCUGAUCCGGCGGCAGGACCAGCUCCAGCUGUUGACAGAAGAGCAAGACCUGGAGAGGCGGUUUGAGCUUCUGAGCCGGGAGUUGAGAUCCAUGAUGGCCAUUGAAGACUAUCUCAAGACCGAAGCCCAGCAGCAGCGCGAGCAGCUCCUUCUGCAAGAACUGGUUUCACUGGUCAACCAGAGGGAUGAACUGGUGCGGGACCUGGACAUCAAGGAAAGAAUAGCCAUUGAGGAGGAUCUCAGGCUGGAGCGGGGAUUGCAACAAAGGCGCCGGAAGCUCAGCCGGAAGGACAAAUGCCGGGUCAGCUGAGGAAUACCCUCGGUCCUACGUUGCGAAACUGUGCUUUUCCGACGUCCGGCGGGCGGCCAAUGCCAGCGCUUCUCCCUUUUCUCCCCUUCGAAAAGCCGUUCCCUUGCACAUCUCUGCUCUUGGCGCAACUUCUUGCUGUCUCCGGAGGCUCUUCGGCAACACACACAACCCUGUUGCGGGAUGCUGGUGCGAGAAGUGAUGUAUUGUUUACAAAUCACAACCUGUCUUGCACUUGACAACAAUCAGAGUCAUCACAUAAUCCCAUUCAACAUAGGCAGAUACUCGGACAGAGUCACAUAGGAGAGAGCGAGAUGGAUUAUUUCAUUUUCCUUAUAUCAUAAUAAAACAAGUAGAGUCAGCAAAUAUUACCGUAGAAAAGAGACAGAUACUCAGACAGUCACACAGGAAACAACAAGAUGGAUUCUUUCAUUUUCCUUUUCCUUAUAUAAUAAUAAAAUAAUCCCGUAGAACAGAUACAGAUACUCGGACAGAGUCACAUAGGAGAGAGCGAGAUGGAUUAUUUCAUUUUUCUUAUAUAAUAAUAAAACAAUCAAAGUCAUCAAAUAUUCCCAUAGAACAGAGACAAAUCCUCGGACAGAGUUACCCAGGAGAGAGCGAGAUGGAUUAUUUCAUUUUUCUUAUAUAAUAAUAAAAAUCAGAGUAAGCAAAUAUUCCCGUAGAACAGAGACAGAUACUCGGAUUGAGUCACAUAGGAGAGCGCGAGAUGGAUUAUUUCAUUUUCCUUUUCCUUAUAUAAUAAUAAAAUAAUCCCGUAGAACAGAUACAGAUACUCGGACAGAGUCACAUAGGAGAGAGCGAGAUGGAUUCUUUCAUUUUCAUUUUCCUUAAAUAAUAAUCCCGUAGAACAGAUAGAGAUACUCGGACAGAGUCACAUAGGAGAGAGCGAGAUGGAUUCUUUCAUUUUCCUUAUAUAAUAAUAAAAUAAUCCCGUAGAACUGAUACAGAUACCUGGACAGAGCCACAUAUGAAAGAGCGAGAUGGAUUCUUUCAUUUUCAUUUUCCUUAAAUAAUAAUCCCGUAGAACAGAUACAGAUACUUGGACAGAGUAACAUAGGAGAGAGCGAGAUGGAUUCCUUCCUUUUCCUUUUCCUUAUAUAAUAAUAAAAUAUUCCCGUAGAACAGAUACAGAUACUCGGACAGAGUCAUACAGGAGAGAGCGAGAUGGAUUAUUUCAUUUUCAUUUUCCUUAUAUAAUAAUAAAAUAAUCCCGUAGAACAGAUACAGAUACUCGGACAGAGUCACAUAGAGAGCGAGAUGGAUUCUUUCCUUUUCCUUAUAUAAUAAUAAAAAUCAGAGUCAUCCAAUAUUCCCGUAGAACAGAUACAGAUACUCGGACAGAGUCACCCAGCAGAGAGCGAGAUGGAUUCUUUCAUUUUCCUUAUACAAUAAUAAUAAAAUCCGGAGUCAUCAAAUAAUCCCGUAGAACAGAUACAGAUACUUGGACAGAGUCCCAUAGGAGAGAGCGAGAUGGAUUCUUUCAUUUUUGUUAUAUAAUAAUAAAACAAUCAGAGUCAUCCAAUACCAUUCAGCAUAGGAACAGAGACAGAUACUCUGACAGAGUCACAUAGAAGAGAGCGAGAUGGAUUCUUCCGUUUUCCUUAUAUAAUAAUAAAACAAUCAGAGUCAUCCAAUAUUCCCGUAGAACAGAGAUAGAUACUCGGACAGAGUAACAUAGGAGAGAGCGAGAUGGAUUCUUUCCUUUUCCUUAUAUGAUAAUAAAACAAUCAGAGUCAUCAGAUAUUCCCGUAGAACAGAGACAGAUACUCAGACAGAGUCACACAGGAGAGAGCGAGAUGGAUUAUUUCAUUUUCGUUAUAUAAUAAUAAAAUAAUCCCAUAGAACAGGGACAGAUACUCAGACAGAGUCACAUAGGAGAGAGCGAGAUGGAUUCUUUCCUUUUCCUUUUCCUUAUAUAAUAAUAAAAUAAUCCCGUAGAACAGAUACAGAUACUCAGACAGAGUCACAUAGUAAAGAGCGAGAUGGAUUCUUUCAUUUUCAUUUUCCUUAUAUAAUAAUAAAAUAAUUCCGUAGAACAGAUACAGAUACUUGGACAGAGUCACCCAGGAGAGAGUGAAAUGAAUUAUUUCAUUUUCGUUAUAUAAUAAUAAUAUAAUCCCAUAGAACAGAUACAGAUACUCGGACAGAGUCACCCAGGAGAGAGCGUAAUGGAUUAUUUCAUUUUCCUUAUAUAAUAAUAAAACAAUCAGAGUCAUCCAAUAUUUCCGUAGAACAGAUACAGAUACUCGGACAGAGUCACACAAGAGAGAGCGAGAUGGAUUCUUUCAUUUUCUUUAUAUAAUAAUAAAACAAGUAGAGUCAGCAAAUAUUCCCGUAGAACAGAUACAGGUACUCGGACAGAGUCACACAGGAAAGAGUGAGAUGAAUUAUUUCAUUUUCCUUAUGUAAUAAUAAAAUAAUCCCAUAGAACAGAUACAGAUACUUGGGCAGAGUCACAUAGGAAAGAGCGAGAUGGAUUCUUUAAUUUUCCUUAUAUAAUAAUAAAAUAAUCCCGUAGAACAGAUACAGAUACUCGGACAGAGUCACAUAGGGGAGAGCGAGAUGGAUUCUUUCAUUUUCCUUAUAUAAUAACAAAACAAUCAGAGUCAGCAAAUAUUCCCGUAGAACUGAUACAGAUACUCGGACAGAGUCACAUAGGAAAGAGCGAGAUGAAUUAUUUCAUUUUCGUUAUAUAAUAAUAAAACAGAGUCAUCCAAUAUUCCCGUAGAACAGAGAUAUAAUAAUAAAAUAAUCCCGUAGAAUAGAUACAGACACUUGAACAGAGUCACAUAGGAAAGAGUGAGAUGGAUUCUUUCAUUUUCAUUUUCCUUAUAUAAUAAUAAAAUAAUCCCGUAGAACAGAUACAGAUACUCGGACAGAGUCACAUAGGAAAGAGCGAGAUGGAUUAUUUCAUUUUCGUUAUAUAAUAAUAAAACAGAGUCAUCCAAUAUUCCCGUAGAACAGAGAUAUAAUAAUAAAAUAAUCCCGUAGAACAGAUACAGACACUUGAACAGAGUCACAUAGGAAAGAGCGAGAUGGAUUCUUUCAUUUUCAUUUUCCUUAUAUAAUAAUAAAAUAAUCCCGUAGAACAGAUACAGAUACUCGGACAGAGUCACCCAGGAGAGAGCGAGAUGGAUUCUUUUAUUUUCCUUAUAUGUCGUUUUAAAGGGCAGUGCCCUUGAAUUCUGCUUGUUCAGAUAGAAACCUCAAUUCCGUCCCCUUUUUUCCGCCUCUCUCCAAAUUAUAGGAGUGUAUUUAUUGUGUGUGUUUGUGUGCAUGCAUGCUUUUAUUGCUAUGGUUGGAAAAAUUUCGAGUUCACGGAAACGGGUGCCGCCCUUCUCCGACCUUAUUUCCCCAAUAUUUUCAAGGGUUUCUUCUAUUUUUUGUGCCCCAUUUUUGUGUCUGCUCCUGGUUCAAAGUGCCUUGAAUCCUCUUAACAACAGCCAAUAUUUUAUUCCUAAGUUUUCACCGUUUCCUCCAAUACCCCAAACCCCCUUUUCCCUGGCGAUUUGCACUAAAUUUGUACCGGAGUUUGAAAUAAAUACCUGAAAAGUU